AUGACAACAAUAUCAACAGUAAUAUCACAAACUUUGAAAGAUGAACCAGAUUUAACAAAAGUUGAUAAUAUUUUAACAAAAUUAUUCUUAAUAUUUCCACAUUAUUGUUUCGGACGUGGUUUAUUCGAUUUAAGUACAACCUAUCAAACGAAUAUAAUUAGUCUUAGAUAUAUACCGGGUUAUGUUCCUAAAUCACCACUUCAAUUUGAUAUUGUUGGUCGAAAUAUAAUGUGCUUAUCUAUUGAAGGUUUUGUCUUCUUUAUAUUUGCAAUAUGUGUUCAAUAUCGAGUUUUUAUUUCUGAUCGUAUUUGUGUUCGAACAUCAAAAAAUUUAAUAUCAUCAAAUGAAGAUGAGAAUGUAGCUGCUGAACGACAAAGAAUUUAUGCAGAUCAUAAUAAUAUAAAUGGUGAUGUUUUACGUAUUAUUGAUUUACUUAAACUCUUAAAAAAAAUAUGUAUUGGUGUUAAACAAGGUGAAUGUUUUGGUUUAUUAGGUAUAAAUGGUUCAGGAAAAUCGACAACAUUUAAAAUGUUAACUGGAGAAAUUUCAAUGACAAAUGGAAAUGCAUUUGUCAAUAAUUAUAGUGUUAUUAAACAAUUAGAUGAUGUUCAUCAAAAUUUAGGUUAUUGUCCACAAUUCGAUGCACUUGAUUCUUUAUUAACAGCACGUGAACAUCUUUAUUUUUAUGCUCGUUUACAUGGAAUUAAAAGAAAGAAUAUUUCAUCUAUUACUGAAUGUUUAUUAAAACGACUUGGUCUUACACUUUGGGCUGAUCGACCAGUAAAACAAUAUUCUGGUGGUAAUAAACGUAAAUUAUCAACAGCUAUUUCACUUAUAGGUCUUGUUAUAAUGGUCACUGGAGAAUUCAAAUGUCUUAGUAGUGUACAACAUUUAAAAGCAAAAUUUGGUCAUGGUUAUAGUAUUAUUGUUCGAUCAGAUAUUAAUUGUGAUACGAAAAAUAUUAUUAAUUAUAUAAAAGAACGAAUAGUAGAAGUUAAUGUUAAAGAAGAACAUACUAAAAUGAUACAUUUUCGUGUAUCAAUAAAUGUUCCAUUAUAUGAAUUGUUUAGUGUUUUAGAAAAAGCACGAGAAGAAUUAAGAAAUAUAAUUGAAGAUUAUACAGUUACAUAA